AUGGUUACCCUACUGUUUAUGCAUCUCAUGUUGACAAAACACUUCAAUAUUGCUCCGUUGAGCAUCAAUCUCAAUACAACUAUUCCAUCUGUAGAGUUAAAAAGUGAGCUUAGCUUACCCGAUCCUCGGUCUAAGUAUUCAGUUCAAUUCGAUAUAAACGAAGUCAUUCACUGUGACGGAGUCUUGUUAUGCUACUCCCAGGAUGACAAAUCUAUAACCUGGGUUUGGAACCCAUUAACUGGUGAAAAAAGGUGGAUCGAUACCAGCAAUCCUCGCCACGGAUGCCGCUUCUUCCAUAUCGGAUACAGCCGCCAAGGAGACAGCAGCAAUAAUAAUAAGAGCUACAAAGUCUUGAGCUGUUAUCGUAAAAUCAACGUUUUCGAAAUGUAUGAUUUUAACUCUGGUACAUGGAGGAGUCUUGGUGAUAUAUCUCCAGGUUGGUGCUUGCUAUACUCUGAAGUGUCUGUGUCUUUGAAGGGAAAUACUUACAUGUUAGCUAUAGAUAAAACAAAAACGCCCUUAAAUGUCGUAUCCGUGCUCAAGAUUGAUUAUUCAACAGAGAAAUCUGUAGCUGUGCCUCUUCCCUAUCAGUGUAGGACAUUUGAAACUUCAUGUAUUUCCGUUGUUAGAGAAGCGAAGCUUUCCGUGUUAUUACAGCGAGAUAAAAGAUCCAAGACUGAGAUAUGGGUGUCAACUAAGAUUGAUGAGACCACCGCCAAAGCGGUGGUGGUGUCAUGGAGCAAGGUCUUUGCAUUGGAUUUGAGCCCUGAUCUUGAAAUUCCUCAUGAGGGAAGUUUCUUGCUACAUGAGGAGAAGAAAGUCUUGGUGUAUUGUGACACAUUGAUUGAUGUUGAAGAUGAAGGCGAUACCAAAAACAUUAUAUACUUUGUGGGUGAGGAUAAUAUAGUCACAACAGUGGAUUUUGGAGUUGAUAAAGUGCAAGUAUGUUGGCACGCUAUUCUUAAUUAUGUUCCAAGUUUGAACAAAAUCAAGCGAGCUCAAGGCAAAAGGAAAAGGGGUGACUAAAAGCUCUACAUAAUUUAUCUAAUAAUGUUUUAAAGAAGAGCAUUGUGUUUCAAAAUUUCAAGCUUAUUUUA